GGCGGGGGCGGACCAGGAGCCGGGCCGGGAUUUGGGAGCAGCGAUUUGUCUUCAGGAGCCGGCGCGGGCGCCGCUGAGGCAGCCGAGGGAGGGGGGUAAGGGAGAGCGAAAAGGAGGGAACGGCCGAGGGGUCUGCACGCAGAGCGGCCGCAGGCCCAGGGAGCCGGGAACCAAAGCCGGCCGCAGAGACUUCGCCGCCGCCGCCGCCGCCGCCGCCGCAGUCUCCGCUUGCUGCGCGGGGGAGAUGCCGCGGCCGCUGGGCGCCCUCCGGCCGCCGCCUCCUCGGCCGCUGCCCCAGCUGCUGCUGCUCUUGCUCCUGCUGCCGCUGCCGGGCGUCCGGCCCGCGCCACUUCCGCAAACAGGUGCAGGGGAAGGAGCUGCUGCAGAAGUGUCCUUACUUUUUGUGGUUCUGUCUAUAUGCAGUUUACUGACAUUGGUAGUGCUGAUUGUGAACUGUGUAUCCUGCUGUAAAGAUCAAGAAAUAGACUUUAAGGAGUUUGAAGAUAAUUUUGAUGAUGAAAUAGAUUUUACACCACCAGCAGAAGAUACACCCUCUGUCCAAUCUCCUGCAGAAGUUUUUACACUCUCGGUUCCAAAUAUUUCUUUGCCAGUUCCAUCCCAAUUUCAUCCUUCUUCAGAAGGAUUGAAGUCUCAAGUUGCACGCCAGAGUCUAAACUAUAUUCAGGAAAUUGGAAAUGGCUGGUUUGGAAAGGUUCUCCUUGGGGAGAUUUACACGGGCACUAGUGUAGCAAGAGUAGUAGUAAAGGAGUUAAAAGCCAGUGCAAGUUCAAAGGAGCAAGAUAAAUUUUUGAAGAAUGGAGAGCCAUACUAUCUUCUUCAACAUCCAAAUAUUCUUCAGUGUGUUGGACGGUGUGUGGAAGCAAUCCCGUAUCUUUUGGUUUUUGAGUUGUGUGACAUGGGUGACCUAAAAGCAUAUUUGUGCAGUGAGCAGGAACAUAUUAAGGGAGACUCACAAAUAAUGCUGCUACAGAGAAUGGCCUGUGAGAUUGCUGCUGGACUUGCCAUUAUGCACAAACAUCAUUUUGUGCAUAGUGACUUAGCCUUGCGGAAUUGUUUUCUCACUUCUGAUUUAAAUGUAAAAAUAGGAGACUAUGAAAUAGGACUUGGCAAAUACAAGGCGGAUUAUAUUGAAACAGAUGAUAAUAAAAUUAUUCCCCUUCGGUGGACUGCACCAGAAUUGGUAACCAGCUUUCAAGAGAGAUUACUAACUGCAGAUCAAACAAAGUUUAGUAAUAUCUGGUCACUGGGUGUAACUCUUUGGGAACUCUUUGACCAUGGUGCUCAGCCUUAUGCACACCUUUCUGAUGUCGAAGUUCUCCAGCAGGUCAUAAAAGAGAGGGACACAAAGCUCCCUAAACCACAGCUGGAGCAGCCCUAUUCAGAAAGAUGGUAUGAAGUUUUGCAGUUCUGCUGGCUACCACCAGACAAGAGACCAACAGCAGAAGAAGUACAUAGACUACUAACUUAUCUUCGUAUGCAAAGCCAAAGGGACUCUGAAAUUGACUUUGAGCAGCAAUGGAAUGCUCUUAAACCAAAUACCAAUAACAGAGAGACUUCAAAUAAUGCUGCAUUCCCAAUACUUGACCAUUUUACAAGGGAUAGACUUGGUCGUGAAAUGGAAGAAGUCCUCACAGUAACUGAAACAAGUCAGGGGCUUAGUUUUGAGUAUGUCUGGGAGGCAGCUAAACAUGAUCAUUUUGAUGAGCGCAGUCAGGUCAAUCCUGAUGAGGCCAUGUCAUAUACAAGCAUCUUUUUUCCAGUUGAUGUUUUUGAGAGUUCACUCUCAGAUCCUGGACCUGGAAAACAAGAUGAAAGUGGCCAAGAUGUGUCACUCAGGGCACCAGGGGUAGUCCCUGUUUUUGAUGCCCACAACCUUUCUGUUGGGAGCGAUUAUUACAUCCAAUUAGAAGAAAAAAGUGGUGGCAGCUUGGAUCUUGAUAAUCAAUCAGCAAUUCUCACUACAGAAGUGGAUAAUCCUGAUACACUAACUGAUCAAAGUUCCCAAUUCAUGGCACUCAGGGAUCUUGAUGAUAGGGAAUCAAAUACAGAUGGAGAUUUUUUCCACUACAGUGGAGACCCUAAAGAUAUUGGUAUACCUGAAGAUUCACGUGUUGCCAGUGUCCCUGAAAGCCCUUUCAGUAAUAUAUUUAAUGAGUUUGACAAAUCAGAGGAUUUGCACAGUCAUCAAAAAAUAUUUGACUUAACAGAACUAAAUGGCAUUCAUGCUGAAUUUAAACCAGCUACUCUGAGCCCAAGUUUGGAUGUGCCUAAAGAGACACUAGUAACUAGCCAUCUUGAGAAAAAGAAUGGCCAUAAUAUUUUUGAUCAUGAUGCUGUUUGCUUAUCUGAAAAUCUUGUCCAUCAGAAUGAUUUUGACCCACUGAAUGUUCAAGAACUGUCAGAAAACUUCUUGUUUCUUCAAGAGAAAAAUUUAAUAAAAGAUACAUUGUCUAGGAAAGAACAUGCCACUGAUCUCCAGACAGAAUUAGAAAAAGCAGGUUUUACUGGGAAUGUGUUAGAAUCUUCACAUAGAAAUUCUUUAGACAUUGAGCUUAACUUCAUUGAAAAUAAAUCGACCUUGUCUUUGUUACAGGAUAAUGCAAAAACUGAAAGUAAAGAAGAGUGCAUAGUGCCAUUAGCGGAAAAUUUGAAUGUCUCUUUGCAGUCUUCUCCAGAAUUGCAAAUAAUGUCUAAUUUGCCCAAAACUGAAGAAAUGUCUUGUGAUAUACACCCAGAUUCUAUUCUGUUUCAAGAAGAAACCAAACUCACCUUUUUAAAUGUUGUCAGGUGUGAUGAUACCUCCAAGCAAGAGAUAAAUCCAAGCACUAAGACUGCAUUGGUUGAAGUGCCGUCUAAUGAUGCCAUAACAGAAAACAUUGAGAGUGGAUCAUGUGACAUUUCCCCCAAAAGUGAAAAGUCCACGAAUAUCACCAAAAGUGAACCACUUCAUUUUGAUGAAGAAACUGAUUGUGGUAUGAGGAUGAAGAUAUGUCUUCCAGAAGAAAUGAAUCAGGACUUGGAAAACAAGUCCCCUUUGGGAGACCAUAAUGCUAGAAGUUUGCUAGAGAAAGAAAAUGAAACUCUAGGGAUUUCAAAUCGGCUUAUUUAUAAAGAAGCACCAAAAGAAGUAGGCUUAAUAUCUGCCCUUUCUUCUGAUUCCACAAGCCAAGAUAGUCUUUUAGAAGACAGCCUUUCAACGCCCAUACAGACAUCUGAGCAAUCUGUAGAAACACCAGACUCUUUGGAUUCAUUAGAUGUCCAUGGAGUUUUAGAUGCAUUAGGUACUCAAAGUCCGCAGAAACUUGUGCCACCUGAUAAACCUGCUGAUAGUGGCUAUGAAACAGAGAAUCUGGAAUCUCCAGAAUGGACUUCCCAUCCUGCCAGUGAUGAUGCUUCAAAUACAGGUGCCACAUUAAUUGAUGAUGGCACUCUUACUGCUCUGCCUCCUAAUCCAGUUAUCAUAAUUUCAGAUGAAGCAGACAUCAACAAAGAUUUUGACUUGGCCUCAAAGACAUUAGUGUGCAGUACUCAAAAUUCUUAUCGAGACUCUGCCUAUUUUUCUGAUAACGAUUCUGAGACUGAUAAGAAAAGCGAGGAUGUUACAGCAGCAUUGGCCUUGUUUACAAAAGAUCAACCCCAAAAGGGUUUAUCCAGCACGGAGCAGAGUUGUAAUGCCAAGCAUAAUUGUUGUGAAGAAAGAGUUAACCAAAGCCCUCUAUCUGGUUUGCAAAGCACUGAUGAACCAGAGUUGCAAGAUGUAUCGGAGCCAGAACAGAUUGACAUUUCCAAACAGGUUGAUUUGGCUGAAUUGGAAGCUGAAAAUCCUUUGACUCUUAUCACAAAUUCAGAGUGUAGCUAUAGUGAAGAAUUUGACAUAGAUGAUCACUGCUGCAACCGCACUUCUACUGGUACCAAUACUGAUGAAUUACUUGCCUAUACAAACUCUACUUUUUGUUCUGGAAGCCCUUCAGCAAUGGCAGCAGCCUCUUUUUCGACAGACUUGAUGGGAGAUAAGUCCUUAUCCUGCUAUUCUGAGGGGCCUAAAUUGAAGGAGCCAGAUAUUGAAGGAAAAUACCUGGGAAAACUUGGUGUUUCGGGAAUGAUUGACAUGUCAGAGGAUGGAAUAGAUGCAGAUGAAGAAGAUGAAAAUAGUGAUGAUUCUGACGAUGACCUGAGAGCUUUUCAUCUUCAUAGUCUCAGUUCUGAAUCAGAAGAUGAAACAGUACAUCCAGUGCCAGUGAUACUGAGUGAUAAUGAUGAUGGAAAGAAUUUACGGAGUUUACUAAAACCACCUAUGUCUGUUGGAAGUGACAAACUACCUGAUAAUUGGAGAAAGGAUAAGAAAGCAGUAACAUUCUUUGAUGAUGUCACAGUCUAUCUAUUUGAUCAGGAAACACCAACCAAAGAACUGGGACACCGAGGAGCUGAAGCUAAUAAUCAGGAGUCUAAUAGUGCAACGCCAUCAUUAGGUCCUAAUUACUUGAACAGGUUUACAAACUCAGAAAGUUCAACUGAUGAAGAAGGAGGAGGUUUUGAAUGGGAUGAUGACUUCUCUCAAGAGUCUUUUAUGUCAAAAACAGCGGAUAACCUUGGUUCUAAGCCUUCUCUUCAAACAUCAAAGUACUUUUCUCCUCCACCACCAUCUAGAAGUAUUGAGCAAAGUUGGUCACAUGCAUCGCCUUAUUCCAGGUUUUCUAUCUCUCCUGCCAACAUUGCAAGUUUUUCUCUUACACAUCUUACAGAUUCAGAUAUUGAACAAGGAGGAAGCAGUGAAGAUGGAGAAAAAGAUUAAGUGGGUAAAAUACUUUUUUUUAUCAAAACUGCUCAUACAAGACAGCAUGCCCACACUGAUGGCCUGCACAGUGUAAAUACUGAUAAACACAAUUGUGUUCAGAGAGCCACUGUAGGCUUCUGGUGGAGUAAGAAGAGGAGAAUCAAGAAACACAGAAAAGAAAUGUUAAAUCAGAACUUUUGAUGUGUAUUUGUAAUGUGUGUUUUUAAUCAGUGCAAUUUGCUUUUCAUUUGGAAGAGAUGAAUCUACAGCUGUUUUAAAAAAAAAACUUGAAGUAUUAAUUCUUCAGGCAAUUGUUAUUUGUAAUAAACUUGUAAAGCAAUUACACAACCUUCUGGUUAUGUAUGGGAUUGUAUCAUAUUCUUUUUAUAUUUUUCCAUGUAGUUUAUUCUAUUUGAACCUACACCUGUCAUAGAAUUAUAUAUACUUGUGUUUGUACAACAGGUGGCUGUGUCACUGAAACCGUAUGAAUGAUAGUUGGUCAGUAGUGAGCCAUAUUUAUUCUUGGGGGGAGGGGGGAGAUCACUAAAUACAUAUUACCUUGAUUUCUGUAAUUGCACUAUGGAUAUAUGUUCCCAGAUUCCCCAACAAUGUACAGAGUCAGAAUCGUAAAUUAUUCAAGGAAAAUAAAGCAGAUCAAGCUAGAGCUGUUGACUAGUUUGAUUUCUCCUGUUUUUUA